UCCGCGAAUCUUCUCGCUCCGAUCGCGCGCGGUAGGGCGAUGGAUCUGGUCCGGGUGGCGGCGCUGCUGCUGUGCUUCGAGGUCGCCGGCGUCGUAUCAGAAGCCUCCGACCACCGAUACAAGCAGGGGGACCCCGUCCCCCUGUACGCCAACAAGGUCGGCCCCUUCCACAACCCUAGCGAGACUUAUCGGUUCUUUGAUCUUCCCUUCUGCAUUCCAGACCAUGUAACCGAGAAAAAGGAAGCACUUGGCGAAGUUCUGAAUGGGGACCGUCUGGUUGGGGCCCCAUACAAGCUUGACUUCCGAGUUGAUUAUGACUCUGAACUGCUUUGCAAGAAGAAGCUUACUAAAGGAGACGUUGCCAAGUUCAGGGAUGCAGUCACGAAGGACUACUACUUCCAGAUGUAUUAUGACGACCUCCCCAUAUGGGGAUUCAUAGGGAAGGUUGACAAAGAAGGGAAGGAUCUGAGCAACGACAAGUACUAUCUUUACAGGCAUAUCCACUUUGAUAUCCUCUACAACAAUGACCGUGUGAUUGAGAUUACCGUGCACACGGAUCCCAAUUCUGUGGCUGACCUCACUGAGGACAAGGAUAUUGAAGCGGAGUUCUUGUAUUCGGUCAAGUGGAAGGAGACAACCAUGCCAUUUGAAAAGAGGAUGGAGAAAUACUCACAGUCCUCUUCAUUGCCCCAUCACUUGGAGAUUCAUUGGUUCUCAAUAAUAAAUUCAUGUGUCACGGUUCUUCUCUUGACUGGAUUUCUUGCCACAAUUCUCAUGCGGGUGCUAAAGAAUGAUUUUGUCAAGUAUGCUGAUGAUGAGGAGUCUGCCGAGGACCAAGAAGAGACAGGGUGGAAGUAUAUCCAUGGUGAUGUCUUCAGAUUUCCAAAGAACAAAUCACUGUUGGCUGCUUCUCUUGGUUCUGGAACACAGUUAUUUGCCCUCACGAUUUUCAUUUUUGUUCUUGCACUUGUUGGAGUCUUUUACCCAUACAAUCGAGGGGCGCUUUUUACCGCUCUGGUGGUCAUAUAUGCACUCACCUCCGGCAUUGCUGGAUUUACUGCUACAUCCUUCUAUUUUCAACUCGAAGGAACAAAUUGGGUAAGGAAUUUGCUCUUGACGGGAUGCCUUUUUUGCGGGCCUCUGUUCCUCACAUUCUGCUUUCUUAAUACGGUCGCAGUUGUGUAUAGUGCUACUGCAGCACUACCAUUUGGAACCAUUGUUGUUAUUGUUCUUAUUUGGACACUAGUCACUUCCCCCUUGCUUGUUUUGGGUGGAAUUGCUGGGAAGAAUAACAAAGCAGAAUUCCAGGCCCCUUGUCGAACAACAAAGUUUCCUAGAGAGAUUCCACCACUGCCCUGGUUUCGAAGAACUAUUCCACAGAUGGUAAUGGCUGGUUUCUUGCCAUUCAGUGCGAUCUACAUUGAGCUUUACUACAUAUUUGCCAGUGUCUGGGGCUACAGGAUAUACGUCAUCUAUGGCAUUCUCUUCGUAGUUUUCAUCAUUCUCCUCGUUGUCGCUGCUUUUGUCACUGUGGCACUGACCUAUUUUCAGCUUGCGGCUGAAGAUCAUGAAUGGUGGUGGAGGUCUUUCCUAUGUGGAGGAUCAACUGGUCUAUUUGUGUAUGGGUAUUGUUUGUACUACUACUUCACCCGCUCAGAUAUGUCAGGGUUUAUGCAGACAUCUUUUUUCUUCGGGUACAUGGCUUGCAUCUGUUAUGGCUUCUUCCUAUUGCUUGGGACGGUUGGUUUCUGUGCUGCUUUGUUUUUUGUGCGCCACAUAUAUCGAUCAAUAAAGUGUGAGUAGCUUAUUGGCACCAGAUCAGUUUGAGAUAGGCCCAGAAAGAAAAUACCAUGCAACACUCAUGUGCAAUAGGGAAGGAGCAGCAGUAAGUCUAAGAUUAGGGAUAUUAUUAUGAGAAAAGGUCACUCUCUAAUAAGUUUUAUAUGUUUUGUCUCAAAGUCCUUGUUAGGUUUUCUUUUCCACCUUCAAAUGCUCAUUUUUCCUAUUUUGUUAAAAAGAUGUAUUAAAAAGAUACAACUUGCAGCUUUAUUCACAUUUGGAUCUUUUAUA